CACUUUGCAUUGCACUUGUUUAUAUUUACUAAAAUAACUGCAUUUUCAUGUUGUGUGUACUGUGGGAGACUUGAUAUAGUAAAUACAGGGUCCUGGGAGAGCGGAUAUAGUGAAUGCAGGGUCCUGGGAGACCAGAUGUAGUGAAUGCAGGGUCCGGGGAGAGCGGAUAUAGUGAAUGCAGGGUUUGGGGAGACCGGAUAUAGUAAAUGCAGGGUCCAGGGAGAGCAGAUAUAGUGAAUGCAGGGUCCGGGGAGACCAGAUAUAGUGAAUGCGGGGUCCGGGGAGAGCAGAUAUAGUGAAUGCGGGGUCCGGGGAGACCAGAUAUAGAGAAUGCAGGGUC